UCCGUGGACUGUUGCUCACUGAAACCAGAGUGGUUAGUCAGGCUAGGGUUAGUGUCCAGGGACAGAGAGAACAGAGUUAGUCAGGUUAGUGUAGUGUCCAGGGACAGAGAGAACAGAGUUAGUCAGGUUAGGGUUAGUGUCCAGGGACAGAGAGAACAGAGUUAGUCAGGUUAGGGUUAGUGUCCAGGGACAGAGAGAACAGAGGUAGUCAGGUUAGUGUCCAGGGACAGAGAGAACAGAGUUAGUCAGGUUAGGGUUAGUGUCCAGGGACAGAGAGAACAGAGUUAGUCAGGUUAGGGUUAGUGUCCAGGGACAGAGAGAACAGAGGUAGUCAUGUUAGUGUCCAGGGACAGAGAGAACAGAGUUAGUCAGGUUAGGGUUAGUGUCCAGGGACAGAGAGAACAGAGUUAGUCAGGUUAGGGUUAGUGUCCAGGGACAGAGAGAACAGAGUUAGUCAGGUUAGGGUUAGUGUCCAGGGACAGAGAGAACAGAGUUAGUCAGGUUAGGGUUAGUGUCCAGGGACAGAGAGAACAGAGUUAGUCAGGUUAGUGUCCAGGGACAGAGAGAACAGAGUUAGUCAGGUUAGGGUUAGUGUCCAGGGACAGAGAGAACAGAGUUAGUCAGGUUAGGGUUAGUGUCCAGGGACAGAGAGAACAGAGUUAGUCAGGUUAGUGUCCAGGGACAGAGAGAACAGAGUUAGUCAGGUUAGUGUCCAGGGACAGAGAGAACAGAGUUAGUCAGGUUAGGGUUAGUGUCCAGGGACAGAGAGAACAUAAUUAGUCAGGUUAGGGUUAGUGUCCAGGGACAGAGAGAACAGAGUUAGUCAGGUUAGGGUUAGUGUCCAGGGACAGAGAGAACAGAGUUAGUCAGGUUAGGGUUAGUUUCCAGGGACAGAGAGAACAGAGUUAGUCAGGUUAGUGUCCAGGGACAGAGAGAACAGAGUUAGUCAGGUUAGGGUUAGUGUCCAGGGACAGAGAGAACAGAGUUAGUCAGGUUAGGGUUAGUGUCCAGGGACAGAGAGAACAGAGUUAGUCAGGUUAGGGUUAGUGUCCAGGGACAGAGAGAGUUAGUCAGUUAGUUCCAGAAGUUAGUCAGGUUAGUGUCCAGGGACAGAGAGAACAGAGUUAGUCAGGUUAGGGUUAGUGUCCAGGGACAGAGAGAACAGAGUUAGUCAGGUUAGGGUUAGUGUCCAGGGACAGAGAGAACAGAGUUAGUCAGGUUAGUGUCCAGGGACAGAGAGAACAGAGUUAGUCAGGUUAGGGUUAGUGUCCAGGGACAGAGAGAACAGAGUUAGUCAGGUUAGGGUUAGUGUCCAGGGACAGAGAGAACAGAGUUAGUCAGGUUAGUGUCCAGGGACAGAGAGAACAGAGUUAGUCAGGUUAGUGUCCAGGGACAGAGAGAACAGAGUUAGUCAGGUUAGGGUUAGUGUCCAGGGACAGAGAGAACAGAGUUAGUCAGGUUAGUGUCCAGGGACAGAGAGAACAGAAUUAGUCAGGUUAUGGUUAGUGUCCAGGGACAGAGAGAACAGAGUUAGUCAGGUUAGGGUUAGUGUCCAGGGACAGAGAGAACAGAGUUAGUCAGGUUAGUGUCCAGGGACAGAGAGAACAGAAUUAGUCAGGUUAGGGUUAGUGUCCAGGGACAGAGAGAACAGAGUUAGUCAGGUUAGUGUCCAGGGACAGAGAGAACAGAGUUAGUCAGGUUAGGGUUAGUGUCCAGGGACAGAGAGAACAGAGUUAGUCAGGUUAGGGUUAGUGUCCAGGGACAGAGAGAACAGAGUUAGUCAGGUUAGGGUUAGUGUCCAGGGACAGAGAGAACAGAGUUAGUCAGGUUAGUGUCCAGGGACAGAGAGAACAGAGUUAGUCAGGUUAGUGUCCAGGGACAGAGAGAACAGAGUUAGUCAGGUUAGGGUUAGUGUCCAGGGACAGAGAGAACAGAGUUAGUCAGGUUAGUGUCCAGGGACAGAGAGAACAGAGUUAGUCAGGUUAGGGUUAGUGUCCAGGGACAGAGAGAACAGAGUUAGUCAGGUUAGGGUUAGUGUCCAGGGACAGAGAGAACAGAAUUAGUCAGGUUAGUGUCCAGGGACAGAGAGAACAGAGUUAGUCAUGUUAGGGUUAGUGUCCAGGGACAGAGAGAACAGAGUUAGUCAGGUUAGGGUUAGUGUCCAGGGACAGAGAGAACAGAGUUAGUCAGGUUAGUGUCCAGGGACAGAGAGAACAGAGUUAGUCAGGUUAGUGUCCAGGGACAGAGAGAACAGAGUUAGUCAGGUUAGGGUUAGUGUCCAGGGACAGAGAGAACAGAGUUAGUCAGGUUAGUGUCCAGGGACAGAGAGAACAGAGUUAGUCAGGUUAGGGUUAGUGUCCAGGGACAGAGAGAACAGAGUUAGUCAGGUUAGGGUUAGUGUCCAGGGACAGAGAGAACAGAGUUAGUCAGGUUAGGGUUAGUGUCCAGGGACAGAGAGAACAGAGGUAGUCAGGUUAGGGUUAGUGUCCAGGGACAGAGAGAACAGAGUUAGUCAGGUUAGGGUUAGUGUCCAGGGACAGAGAGAACAGAGUUAGUCAGGUUAGUGUCCAGGGACAGAGAGAACAGAGUUAGUCAGGUUAGGGUUAGUGUCCAGGGACAGAGAGAACAGAGUUAGUCAGGUUAGGGUUAGUGUCCAGGGACAGAGAGAACAGAGUUAGUCAGGUUAGGGUUAGUGUCCAGGGACAGAGAGAACAGAGUUAGUCAGGUUAGUGUCCAGGGACAGAGAGAACAGAGUUAGUCAGGUUAGGGUUAGUGUCCAGGGACAGAGAGAACAGAGUUAGUCAGGUUAGUGUCCAGGGACAGAGAGAACAGAGUUAGUCAGGUUAGGGUUAGUGUCCAGGGACAGAGAGAACAGAGUUAGUCAGGUUAGGGUUAGUGUCCAGGGACAGAGAGAACAGAGUUAGUCAGGUUAGUGUCCAGGGACAGAGAGAACAGAGUUAGUCAGGUUAGUGUCCAGGGACAGAGAGAACAGAGGUAGUCAGGUUAGUGUUAGUGUCCAGGGACAGAGAGAACAGAGUUAGUCAGGUUAGUGUCCAGGGACAGAGAGAACAGAGUUAGUCAGGUUAGGGUUAGUGUCCAGGGACAGAGAGAACAGAGUUAGUCAGGUUAGUGUCCAGGGACAGAGAGAACAGAGUUAGUCAGGUUAGGGUUAGUGUCCAGGGACAGAGAGAACAGAGUUAGUCAGGUUAGGGUUAGUGUCCAGGGACAGAGAGAACAGAGUUAGUCAGGUUAGGGUUAGUGUCCAGGGACAGAGAGAACAGAGUUAGUCAGGUUAGUGUCCAGGGACAGAGAGAACAGAGUUAGUCAGGUUAGUGUCCAGGGACAGAGAGAACAGAGUUUGUCAGGUUAGGGUUAGUGUCCAGGGACAGAGAGAACAGAGUUAGUCAUGUUAGUGUCCCAGGGACAGAGAGAACAGAGUUAGUCAGGUUAGGGUUAGUGUCCAGGGACAGAGAGAACAGAGUUAGUCAGGUUAGUGUCCAGGGACAGAGAGAACAGAGUUAGUCAGGUUAGUGUCCAGGGACAGAGAGAACAGAGUUAGUCAGGUUAGUGUCCAGGGACAGAGAGAACAGAGUUAGUCAGGUUAGGGUUAGUGUCCAGGGACAGAGAGAACAGAGUUAGUCAGGUUAGUGUCCAGGGACAGAGAGAACAGAGUUAGUCAGGUUAGGGUUAGUGUCCAGGGACAGAGAGAACAGAGUUAGUCAGGUUAGGGUUAGUGUCCAGGGACAGAGAGAACAGAGUUAGUCAGGUUAGUGUCCAGGGACAGAGAGAACAGAGUUAGUCAGGUUAGUGUCCAGGGACAGAGAGAACAGAGGUAGUCAGGUUAGUGUUAGUGUCCAGGGACAGAGAGAACAGAGUUAGUCAGGUUAGUGUCCAGGGACAGAGAGAACAGAGUUAGUCAGGUUAGGGUUAGUGUCCAGGGACAGAGAGAACAGAGUUAGUCAGGUUAGUGUCCAGGGACAGAGAGAACAGAGUUAGUCAGGUUAGGGUUAGUGUCCAGGGACAGAGAGAACAGAGUUAGUCAGGUUAGGGUUAGUGUCCAGGGACAGAGAGAACAGAGUUAGUCAGGUUAGGGUUAGUGUCCAGGGACAGAGAGAACAGAGUUAGUCAGGUUAGUGUCCAGGGACAGAGAGAACAGAGUUAGUCAGGUUAGUGUCCAGGGACAGAGAGAACAGAGUUAGUCAGGUUAGGGUUAGUGUCCAGGGACAGAGAGAACAGAGGUAGUCAGGUUAGGGUUAGUGUCCAGGGACAGAGAGAACAGAAUUAGUCAGGUUAGUGUCCAGGGACAGAGAGAACAGUGGGAGAGCAAACAGAGCCUGGGGCAGUUUCUCCCUCCCUGCCUGGCUGGCUGCCUGGUUGGCUGCCUGGUUGGCUGCCUGGCUGCCUGGCUGGCUGGCUGUCAGAGGGACUGCUUAUCCUCAGCAGCCUAGUUCACACACCUACACCUUCCUAUAACACUUAGAGGGAGGACAGAAAGAGAUUGUGAAGGAGGAAAGAAAUAGUAGAAUGAUUUGUAAGGAGAGAGAGAAGAGAUGAGAUGUCAACGGUUUGAUCAAAGACCACUAUCAGUGACUACAGGAGCGUCCCAGAGUCAGUGACUACAGGAGGGGCACCCAGAGUCAGUGACUACAGGAGGGGAAACCAGAGUCAGUGACUACAGGAGGGUCACCCAGGGUCAGUGACUACAGGAGGGUCACCCAGAGUCAGUGACUACAGGAGGGGCACCCAGAGUCAGUGACUACAGGAGGGGAACCCAGAGUCAGUGACUACAGGAGGGGAACCCAGAGUCAGUGACUACAGGAGGGGAACCCAGAGUCAGUGACUACAGGAGGGUCACCCAGGGUCAGUGACUACAGGAGGGGAACCCAGAGUCAGUGACUACAGGAGGGUCACCCAGGGUCAGUGACUACAGGAGGGUCACCCAGAGUCAGUGACUACAGGAGGGGCACCCAGAGUCAGUGACUACAGGAGGGUCACCCAGAGUCAGUGACUACAGGAGGGUCACCCAGAGUCAGUGACUACAGGAGGGUCACCCAGGGUCAGUGACUACAGGAGGGGAACCCAGGGUCAGUGACUACAGGAGGGUCCCCCAGAGUCAGUGACUACAGGAGGGUCCCCCAGAGUCAGUGACUACAGGAGGGUCCCCCAGGGUCAGUGACUACAGGAGGGUCCCCCAGGGUCAGUGACUACAGGAGGGUCCCCCAGAGUCAGUGACUACAGGAGGGUCCCCCAGGGUCAGUGACUACAGGAGGGUCCCCCAGGGUCAGUGACUACAGGAGGGUCCCCCAGGGUCAGUGACUACAGGAGGGUCCCCCAGGGUCAGUGACUACAGGAGGGUCCCCCAGAGUCAGUGACUACAGGAGGGUCCCCCAGGGUCAGUGACUACAGGAGGGUCCCCCAGGGUCAGUGACUACAGGAGGGUCCCCCAGAGUCAGUGACUACAGGAGGGUCCCCCAGAGUCAGUGACUACAGGAGGGUCCCCCAGAGUCAGUGACUACAGUUCCUGACAUUUAAUCCUAGUAAAAAUUCCCUGUCUUAGGUCAGUUAGGAUCACCACUUUAUUUUAAGAAUGUGAAAUGACAGAAUAAUAGUAGAGAGAAUGAUUUAUUUCAGCUUUUAUUUCUUUCAUCACAUUCCCAGUGGGUCAGAAGUUUACAUACACUCAAUUAGUAUUUGGUAGCAUUGCCUUUAAAUUGUUUAACUUGGAUCAAACGUUUUGGGUAGCCUUCCACAAGCUUCCCACAAUAAGUUGGGUGAAUUUUGGCCCAUUCCUCCUGACAGAGCUGGUGUAACUGAGUCAGGUUUGUAGGCCUCCUUGCUCGCACAUGCUUUUUCAGUUCUGCCCACAAAUUUUCUAUAGGAUUGAGGUCAGGGCUUUGUGAUGGCCACUCCAAUACCUUGACUUUGUUGUCCUUAAGCCAUUUUGCCACAACUUUGGAAGUAUGCUUGGGGUCAUUGUCCAUUUGGGAGACCCAUUUGCGACCAAGCUUUAACUUCCUGACUGAUGUCUUGAGAUGUUGCUUCAAUAUAUCCACAUAAUUUUCCUUCCUCAUGAUGCCAUCUAUUUUGUGAAGUGCACCAGUCCCUCCUGCAGCAUGAUGCUUCCACCCCCGUGCUUCACGGUUGGGAUGGUGUACUUCUGCUUGAAAGGCCCCCUUUUUCCUCCAAACAUAUCGAUGGUCAUUAUGGCCAAACAGUUUUAUUUUUGUUUCAUCAGACCAGAGGACAUUUCUCCAAAAAGUACGAUCUUCGUCCCCAUGUGGUGUUGCAAACCGUAGUCUGGCUUUUUUAUGGCGGUUUUGGAGCAGUGGCUUCUUCCUUGCUGAGCGGCCUUUCAGGUGUUGUCGAUGUAGGACUCAUUUACUGUGGAUAUAGAUACUUUUGUACCUGUUUCCUCCAGCAUCUUCACAAGGUCCUUUGCUGUUGUUCUGGGAUUUAUUUGCAUUUUUGUACCAAAGUACGUUCAUCUCUAGGAGACAGAACGCGUCUCCUUCCUGAGCGGUAUGACAGCUGCGUGGUCCCAUGGUGUUUAUACUUGCAUACUAAUGUUUGUACAGAUGAACGAGGUCCCUUCAGGCAUUUGGAAAUUGCUCCCAAGGAUGAACCAGACUUGUGGAGGUCUACAAUUUUUUUUCUGAGGUCUUGGCUGAUUUCUUAUGAUUUUCCCAUGAUGUCAAGCAAAGAGGCACUGAGUUUGAGGGUAGGCCUUGAAAUACAUCCACAGGUACACCUCCAAUUGACUCAAAUUAUGUCAAUUAGCCUAUCAGAAGCUUCUAAAGCCAUGAAAUCAUUUUCUGGAAUUUUCCAAGCUGUUUAAAGGCACAGUCAACUUAGUGUAUGUAAACUUCUGACCCCCUGGAAUUGUGAUACAGUGAAUUAUACGUGAAAUAAUCUGUCUGUAAACAAUUGUUGGAAAAAUUACUUGUCAUGCACAAAGUAGAUGUCCUAACCGACUUGCCAAAACUAUAGUUUGUUAACAAGAAAUUGUGGAGUGGUUGAAAAAUGAGUUUGAAUGACUCCAACCGAAGUGUAUGUAAACUUCCGACUUCAACUGUACAUUCCCUGCCUGUGUAUCAGUGGAUGUUUACCUGUCCAUCAGUUUGUGUCCCUCCCUGUCUGUCUUCUCAGUGCUCUGGUGAUCACUGCUGUUUUUGACCGAAACAUCAACUGUCGUAGAGCUGUGUCAGUGAGUGACCUCUCUCUCUCUCUCUCUCUCUCUCGCUCUCUCUCUCGCUCUCUCUCUCUCUCUGUCUCUCUCUCUCCCUCUCUCUCCCUCUCUCUCUCUCUCUCUCUCUCUCUCUCUGUCUCUCUCUCUCUCUCUGUCUGUCUCCCUCUUUUUCUCUCUCUCUCUCUUUUUAGUACAUGUUUCAAACCAUGCAUCAAGGUUGAGAUAAAUUCAGUUUUCAAUUCAAUAAAUCCAGGGAAUUCAUUGAAAUUCAAUUAAUACAUUUAAAAACCAUCAUUUAAAAUAAUGGGCAAUUUUUUUGUAUUUAUUAAUUAAUUGAAUUUUAAUUAACUUCCUGGAUUGCCUGAAUUGACCCUAACCCUGUCAUUUCUGUCAGAUCUCACUACUGACUAUAAUCUAACUUCUAACUGUCUGUUGUUCUCCCUUCUCUCCCAGGCUGCCUUCCAGGAGAAUGUGGGAAGACAGGUUUGUGAACCCAGUUACCAAAACCAUAAGUUAUUAUUACAUGACUAACGCUAUGAUACACAGUAAAUUAGAGUUGCAAUGAUCACCUGCCAUCCAGGUCUAACUGUAACGUGUCCUGACUGUCACCAAAGUUCUUUAAACAGAUCAACAACUGGUUGUAAUGAUCACCUACCAUCCAGGUCUAACUGUAACGUGUCCUGAAUGUCACCAAAGUCCUUUAAACAGAUCAACAACUGGUUGUAAUGAUCACCUGCCAUCCAGGUCUAACUGUAAUGUGUCCUGACUGUCAUCAAAGUCCUUUAAACAGAUCAACAACUGCCAGAAAAACAACAUUAUGUGCUGAUCAAGAGAUGCCUACACUGACUUGGCCACAGGCAUAGAUUAAUAUGCUUUGUGUGCUGCCAGCACUUACCAAGCUGGGCAUCAGAUCUAGUGUCUAAUUAUCAAAAUGUGAUUACCAUUGGGAUUUCAUAUUGUUCAACUGUUCAUAUCAUUUAACUGUUCAUAUCAUUCAACUGUUCAUAUCAUUCAUUGUGGCUGAUAGUGUACACCAUGGGUUUACUGAUGGACACAGAGGUGUUUUUGCCUGAGACCUGGAGAUUUGUGCUAGCUCCCUGGUCUAAUGCAUAGGCUUUAGCUCAGUGGGCUAACAGGAGACCUGGGUUUGAACCCAGCCGGUCACACUGAAACACUGUUCUCCGGUCACACUGAAACACUGUUCUCUUGGUACAUAAGUAAAACCAUAGAUCUGAUCCCUCUCUCUCCAGGGCACGUUCCCCUACGGUAUUGACAUAGUAGUAGCAGCUGACUACUUUGCUGUUGGGAACCUGAACAAUUGCUACCUGACCAUCAGGUGAGUUAAAGAUACUCUACAGAGCUUUUGCCUCUGGGGGAGCUCCUGAGCCAAAAUGGGCCUCCUAAGGUUUCCCUCCAACCAUUUCAUGAGGAUGAAUUACCUGACGCGUGAUAAAAGUCACAACCGGGCUGAUGGAAACGAGACACGUCGGUACAAUUUCAUAUUUAUCGACAGACAAUUUGUUUCUUCAACAUGGUGGGAUCUUUUUGUGUUGGUAAAAAUGUAUUAUGUUAGAAAUGGUGGUGGAAACGCCUUUAUGCGCAAAUAUUGAUAUAAUAACCAUCAUAUGGAAGUAAACUUUGAGUCCCGCGAUGAUAUGCUGUGUGGUCCUCCCACUGCGACUCGGAAAAGCAUUCCGUUUAUUAGGCUACAUAUAAAAUAAGUUAUGAUAAACUUCACAGGGUGGGUAAAGUGCACGGUGAUGAGUUUAAUGCUCAUUCCCAAUAAAUAUCGAGGGUCUUAUUCUGGUGACAUGAUCGAUGCUUCAAUGCUUGGCUGCCGUUUGACAAAACAUAAUAAUCUAGGUGUUAUCCAUAAUAAUGUAGGCUAGCCUACCCACAUUGUAUCUACAAGCUGUUGGCCGGAGCGCACGUGCCAAGACCAAAGUCGACAAAACCAUCCGUAGAGUUGAAAAACGCGAUGGAAACCCAUUUUAACGUGCGAACUUAAACCGCUAAAGUCAUUUAUAUGUACACUACGUCUUCACGCACAGCUCAGGAAUGAGGCACUGAAAUGUGAAAGCCCCGCCUCUCUGUAGAAUGUGACUGUCACCAUAGGUACCCUAAGACUGCGUCACUGACUGCUUCUGAAAUGGCGUCCUAUUCUCCCUUCUUAUAAGUAGUUCACUAGGGAGCCAUUUCAGACGCAGCCCUGCCUCACUGUGGAAUGGGACCGUCGCCAUCCUAACCCUAUGAGUGACGUUUCUACCACCACCUGUACUUUCAGAGUAAACAUUCCUCCCACGUCACGGAGCAAACCGUGUUAAAGAAUGUAGCCCCGGGGUAUACCUACUACACUUCUGACUGUAGCAGCAGAUUACUGUUGAGGCCCAAGAUGUUGUUGAGGAAAUAAACUGAGAAUAUGUACUGUAGGGUGACGCUAAAUGUUGUUGUAAAGCAGCCUUCAAAUAGCUGUGUCCAGCACUGUAGUUAGGGUUAGCUGUGUCCAGCACUGUAGUUAGGGUUAGCUGUGUCCAGCACUGUAGUUAGGGUUAGCUGUGUCCAGUACUGUAGUUAGCUGUGUCCAGUACUGUAGUUAGCUGUGUCCAGUACUGUAGUUAGCUGUGUCCAGCACUGUAGUUAGGGUUAGCUGUGUCCAGUACUGUAGUUAGCUGUGUCCAGUACUGUAGUUAGCUGUGUCCAGCACUGUAGUUAGCUGUGUCCAACACUGUAGUUAGCUGUGUCCAGCACUGUAGUUAGGGUUAGCUGUGUCCAGCACUGUAGUUAGCUGUGUCCAGCACUGUAGUUAGCUGUGUCCAGCACUGUAGUUAGCUGUGUCCAGCACUGUAGUUAGGGUUAGCUGUGUCCAGCACUGUAGUUAGCUGUGUCCAGCACUGUAGUUAGGGUUAGCUGUGUCCAGCACUGUAGUUAGGGUUAGCUGUGUCCAGCACUGUAGUUAGGGUUAGCUGUGUCCAGCACUGUAGUUAGGGUUAGCUGUGUCCAGCACUGUAGUUAGGGUUAGCUGUGUCCAGCACUGUAGUUAGGGUUAGCUGUUUCCAGCACUGUAGUUAGCUGUGUCCAGCACUGUAGUUAGGGUAAGCUGUGUCCAGCACUGUAGUUAGGGUUAGCUGUGUCCAGCACUGUAGUUAGGGUAAGCUGUGUCCAGCACUGUAGUUAGGGUUAGCUGUGUCCAGCACUGUAGUUAGCUGAGUCCAGCACUGUAGUUAGGGUUAGCUGUGUCCAGCACUGUAGUUAGGGUUAGCUGUGUCCAGCACUGUAGUUAGGGUUAGCUGUGUCCAGCACUGUAGUUAGCUGAGUCCAGCACUGUAGUUAGUUAGUGAACACAUUUAUGUUGUCGCACCAAAUGCCUCUUUAUUGUGGUUUUCCCCACAAGCCGUCUGUUGUUCACCAUGUUAUAACAUUACCUGUAGUAGUAGUAGUAGUUAUAAUAUUACCUGUUGUAGUAGUAGUAGUAGUAGUAGUAGUAGUAGUAGUAGUAGUAGUAGUAGUAGCAGUAGUAAUAGUAGUAGUAACAACAUUACCUGUAGUAGUAAAAUAGUAAUAACCUCUUGUCUCGUUCUCUUCAGUGUAUACAUCGCCAGUUUCCCAGAAUACACCAGGCCCAUGAUAGACCACUUGGUAGCCAUGAAGAUCAACCACUGGGACGGGUAAGGGCCUUUCCUGUCCUCCUCCAUGUCCUUUAGACUUUAAUCAAAUACUUUCAAAUACUGUACUUGAUUUAGUUUGCCCGCUACCAUGGAACCAAUGGAAUAGUCCCAGAAGCUAAAUCAAGUACACCUCAAGUUAGUAUUUGGAAGUAUUUGUCAUAUGUGUUUGGCCCAGGUCGGAUGUCCGUAUGCCAGCCUGCUGCCAUUUAAAGCAUUCAUACUGUAUGUAGCCUAUUAGUGUUGAAGCAGGUGAAAUUCUCCUCCGCGUGUUUCUUGUUGUGUUGCAGGGUGAUCCGUGAGCUAGCAACAAAGGCUCUGCAUAAUCUUACGCCUCAAGCACCUGAUUAUAUGGCCGCAACAGGUGAGCUAUGUCAUUCAUGCUGUUCCCUACCCGCUCUAACAUCGUUGUCUUACUGUGGAAUGGACUGGGUGACGUUCAGCUGCAAUCACUGUUGUUGUGUCUGGGUCCUUACAUCUGUCAAGUUAUUUUAUUUUAUUUUUUAUUUAGAAUGGUAUUUUAUUGAACACAUAGGGAACACACAGAGAGAGGUCAAAGGGCAGUAGGCUAGAUUGGACACUAUGGCGACAUCGUAGACGUGUGCCGGAGGCUGCGGCAUUUCAGGUAGACCAGCCAGGCCACAAAUCAUUCAGGUUAUAUUCCAAUAUAUUAACCACAUCCACACCUCUGCCCUGUUGAUGUUCUGUCAGGUGUCCCUGCAAGGUAUGAAAAAGACACACAAUAAUUGAGUUAGAAUUACGUUUUAUAUUUGGAUAAUUAUAUUUUUAGUUAUGCCUCAGCUGCUGCCCGUAGCGUUGGGCAUUGAUCUCCACAGUCGCCAUGGCGCCAUUCUGGCAUCUGCUGAGAUCAGCCACGCCCUCUACAAGCUGGCCAAUCAGAACAACAGGUACUGGAACCUCACCUCUCAACCAGCCAAUUACACUAUUGGCCGUACUUAUAGGAAAACCACAUGAACGUUGUUAUGUCAUAAAUCCAUCCACAAAGACAGCUUUUGUUUUGCAUAUCGACCCGUGAUUUGACUUCCUGAUUUGACUUAAGCCCUUGGCUUCUAUAAGGUCAUAGGUCAUUGACUGUUUCUAUCUAUUGUAGACCCAACUGUGUGUGAGAUAUGUGCUAUCUGGGGGGAUUGAACAUUUCUGUUGUUGGCUGGAACAUAUGGACAAUAAAAUUGAAUUGCAUUGGAUUGUAGACCGGUGACGGAGCUCAUCUCUUCAGACUGUGUGGAUGGACUCAAGAGCAUUCACCAGAGGGUUAGUUCACUUCUCUCUUGCUUCUCUCUCUCUCUCUCUCUCUCUCUCUCUCUCUCUCUCUCUCUCUCUCUCUCUCUCUCUCUCUCUCUCUCUCUCCUCUCUCUCUCUCUCUCCUCUCUCUCUCUCACUACCCUCUCCCUUUCUCUCACUACCCUCUCCCUUUCUCUCUCCCUCUUGCUACUCUCUUCCUCUUUCUCUCCUCCGGUGUCUUUUCACCCACAUGUAUGUUGUCUCAAGUGUUGACCAUUCACCUGAGUCAGUUGUACCAACAUAGGUACAGUGGGGGAAAAAAGUAUUUAGUCAGCGACCAAUUGUGCAAGUUCUCCCACUUAAAAAGAUGAGAGAGGCCUGUAAUUUUCAUCAAAGGUACACGUCAACUAUGACAGACAAAAUGAGAAUUUUUUUUCCAGAAAAUAUCAUUGUAGGAUUUUUUAUGAAUUUAUUUGCAAAUGAUGGUGGAAAAUAAGUAUUUGGUCACCUACAAACAAGCAAGAUUUCUGGCUCUCACAGACCUGUAACUUCUUCUUUAAGAGGCUCCUCUGUCCUCCACUCGUUACCUGUAUUAAUGGCACCUGUUUGAACUUGUUAUCAGUAUAAAAGACACCUGUCCACAACCUCAAACAGUUACACUCCAAACUCCACUAUGGCCAAGAGCAAAGAGCUGUCAAAGGACACCAGAAACAAAAUUGUAGACCUGCACCAGGCUGGGAAGACUGAAUUUGCAAUAGGUAAGCAGCUUGGUUUGAAGAAAUCAACUGUGGGAGCAAUUAUUAGGAAAUGGAAGACAUACAAGACCACUGAUAAUCUCCCUCGAUCUGGGGCUCCACGCAAGAUCUCACCCCAUGGGGUCAAAAUGAUCACAAGAACGGUGAGCAAAAAUCCCAGAACCACACGGGGGGACCUAGUGAAUGACCUGCAGAGAGCUGGGACCAAAGUAACAAAGCCUACCAUCAGUAACACACUACGCCGCCAGGGACUCAAAUCCUGCAGUGCCAGACGUGUCCCCCUGCUUAAGCCAGUACAUGUCCAGGCCCGUCUGAAGUUUGCUAGAGUGCAUUUGGAUGAUCCAGAAGAGGAUUGGGAGAAUGUCAUAUGGUCAGAUGUAACCAAAAUAGAACUUUUUGGUAAAAACUCAACUCGUCGUGUUUGGAGGACAAAGAAUGCUGAGUUGCAUCCAAAGAACAUCAUACCUACUGUGAAGCAUGGGGGUGGAAACAUCAUGCUUUGGGGCUGUUUUUCUGCAAAGGGACCAGGACGACUGAUCCGUGUAAAGGAAAGAAUGAAUGGGGCCAUGUAUCAUGAGAUUUUGAGUGAAAACCUCCUUCCAUCAGCAAGGGCAUUGAAGAUGAAACAUGGCUGGGUCUUUCAGCAUGACAAUGAUCCCAAACACACCGCCCGGGCAACGAAGGAGUGGCUUCGUAAGAAGGAGUGGCCUAGCUAGUCUCCAGAUCUCAACCCCAUAGAAAAUCUUUGGAGGGAGUUGAAAGUCCGUGUUGCCCAGCGACAGCCCCAAAACAUCACUGCUCUAGAGGAGAUCUGCAUGGAGGAAUGGGCCAAAAUACCAGCAACAGUGUGUGAAAACCUUGUGAAGACUUACAGAAAACGUUUGACCUGUGUCAUUGCCAACAAAGGGUAUAUAACAAAGUAUUGAGAAACUUUUGUUAUUGACCAAAUACUUAUUUUCCACCAUAAUUUGCAAAUAAAUUCAUAAAAAAUCCUACAAUGUGAUUUUCUGGAUUUUAUUUUCUCAUUUUGUCUGUCAUAAUUGAUGUGUACCUAUGAUGAAAAUUACAGGCCUCUCUCAUCUUUUUAAGUGGGAGAACUUGCACAAUUGGUGGCUGACUAAAUAAUUUUUUUCCCCACUGUACAUGUUGUUGUCUUUAAAGUUGUACAUCACCAGUCUUUUCAUCAUGUGUUUGUUUCGUCUUCCAGCUAUUUGACAGAAAGCAGUACAGGUAAGCACUGUUGUUUUCCUCAUUUUCCUCAUUCUGUUUUGGACUGUUUCAGGAGUUGAUUUAAAAAAUAAAUAAAAAAUUAUGUAAUGCCCCUUUUAAAGGUUUCAGACCUGUAUGUUGUGCAACUGCAAAACAUUUUUUUGGGUGUACACGUGUGCUGUUGUCUCCUGUCUGUGUAGGGGCUUUGGUGGUGAGCUGAUGAGGCCUGCAGUCUGUUCUCUCAUUGAGAAGAUGUCCCUCUCCAAGAUGCCUUUCAAGGACGACCCUGUCAUCAGUGAGUUUUCAUAUCGUUGAUAUUCAGGCCUUAUCUGAAUGAUUCCUCCAUCUAGCAGGGUUUCUCAAUAGUGGUCAAAUACAUCCUGCGGGUGAUUUUAUGUGUUUUCAGAGAUUUUAUUAGAUUUUUUCAAAUCAUUUGAGUUGUUGGACAUAAAAGACUGUAAAAUCACCAGAAAAACAGCUCAAAGUAAUUUACAUUUUUGGGAAAUCUGUUCCCAAGUAUUCCCACGCAUAAAUAGAGGCAUAUGUGAUCGUAUCCCAAUGUAAUCAAGGUUUGAAAUUAUUCUGUUUUUGUCAAAUACUAUAUCUAUUUGGGAUUCUUGCGGUCAAUUUGCAGUGUACAAAUUAUUUAUAACUAUAAUAAUAAUAAUAAUAAUAAUAAUAAUAUGCCAUUUAGCAGACGCUUUUAUCCAAAGCGACUUACAGUCAUGCGUGCAUACAUUAUUCGUUUUUUGUGUAUGGGUGGUCCCGGGGAUCGAACCCACUACCUUAGCGUUACAAGCGCCGUGCUCUACCAGCUGAGCUACAGAGGACCACACACGGAACUAUGUUCCGACCAUCCGCUCAAGAAGAAAUCGACCAGUGGUUGAAUGUAAUUAGGGACCGUAUAGCAUCAAUAAACUGGCUAUUAUCUUCCUGAAGGUUUUGUUGGAACAGGAAAAGGGUUAUACCUGGGCUAUAGCUAACAGAGAGGUGGCUAACAGUAGUAACCACUUGUUUUAUCGUUUGUCAUGGUUAUACCUGGGCUGUGGUUGUUAAUGAUUAACAGAUGGUGUAUAAUAAUGGACAAGCCACGCCCCACCGUUAGAGCCAGGAGGUACUGUACCGUACAAACCACUGACACGUAAUGACAGAGUAAACCCUGUCUGUUUCAGCUGGCUGGCAGUGUCUCUGUACUGUACAAACCACUGACACGUCAUGACAGAGUAAACCCUGUCUGUUUCAGCUGGCUGGCAGUGUCUCUGUACUGUACAAACCACUGACACGUAAUGACAGAGUAAACCCUGUCUGUUUCAGCUGGCUGGCAGUGUCUCUGUACUGUACAAACCACUGACACGUAAUGACAGAGUAAACCCUGUCUGUUUCAGCUGGCUGGCAGUGUCUGAUAGACGACACCUUGAAGAGCCUCCACCUCAUCUCACCUGGACCUAGGGACGGUAUCAAGGUACAGUUCAGCAUUCUACACACACACACGUUUGUUUUACUAUUCUUGUGAGGACCAAACAAUUGAUUCCCAUUCUAAAUCCUAUUUUCCGUAACCCCUAAACCAAACCAAAACCUUAAGACAGACAGACAGACACACACCAUAUUGUGAAAUCCCUUUAUUGUGGGAUUUACAUUGUACAGUGCCUUCGAAAAGUAUUCAGACCCCUUGACAUUUUCCAAGUUUUGUUACGUUACAGCCUUAUUCUAAAAUGUAUUAAAUUGUUUUUUCCCCCUCAUCAAUCUACACACAAUAACCCAUAAUGACAAAGCAAAAACAGUUAAAGAAAUGUUUGUAAACUUUGCAAAAAACAGAAAUAUCACAUUUACGUAAGUAUUCAGACCCUUUACUCAAUACUUUGUUGAAGCACCUUUGGCAGCAAUUGCAGCCUCAUCUUCUUAGGUAUGACGCUACAAGCUUGGCACACCUGUAUUUAGGGAGUUUCUCCCAUUCUUUUCUGCAGAUCCUCUCAAGCUCUGUCAGGUUGGAUGGGGGGCAUCGCUGCACAGUUAUUUUCAGGUCUCUCCAGAGAUGUUAGAUCGGGUUCAAGUCCGGACUCUGGCUGGGCCACUCAAGGACAUUCAGAGACUUGUCCCGACGCCACUCCUGUGUUGUCUUGGCUGUGUGCUUAGGGUCGUUGUCCUGUUGGAAGGUGAACCUUCGCCCCUGUCUGAGGUCCUGAGCGCUCUGGAGCAGGUUUUCAUCAAGGAUCUCUCUGUACUUUGCUCCGUUCAUCUGUCCCUCGAUCCUGACUAGUCUCCCAGUCCCUGCCACUGAAAAACAUCCCCACAGCAUGAUGCUGCCACCACCAUGCUUCACCGUAGGGAUGGUGCCAGGUUUCCUCCAGACGUGACGCUUGGCAUUCAGGCCAAAGAGUUCAGUCUUGGUUUCAUCAGACCAGAGAAUCUUGUUUCUCAUGGUCUGAGAGUCUUUUAGGUGCCUUUUGGCAAACUCCAUGCGGGCUGUCAUGUGCCUUUUACUGAGGAGUGGCUUCCGUCUGGCCACCCUACCAUAAAGGCCUGGUUGGUGGAGUGCUGCAGAGAGGGUUGUCCUUCUGGAAGGUUCUCCCAUCUCCACAGAGGAGCUCUGGAGGUCUGUCAGAGUGACCAUCGGGUUCUUGGUCACCUCCCUGACGAAAGCCCUUCUCCCCCGAUUGCUCAGUUUGGCCGGGUGGCCAGCUCUAGGAAGAGUCUUGGUGGUUCCAAACUUCUUCCAUUUAAGAAUGAUGGAGGCCACUGUGUUCUUGGGGGCCUUCAAUGCUGCAGAAUUAUUUUGGGACCCUUCACCAGAUUUGUGCCUCAACACAAUCCUGUCUCGGAACUCUGCAGACAAUUCCUUUGACCUCAUGGCUUGGUUUUUGCUCUGUCGUGCACUGUCAACUGCGGGACCUUAUAUAGACAGGUGUGUGCCUUUCCAAAUCAUGUCCAAUCAAUUGAAUUUAUCACAGGUGGACUCCAAUCAAGUUGUAGAAACAUCUCAAGGAUGAUCGAUGGAAACAGGAUGCACCUGAGCUCAAUUUCGAGUCUCAUAGCAAAUGGUCUGAAUACUUAUGUAAAUAAGUUAUUUCUGUUUUUUAGGUUUUAAUACAUUGGCAAAAGAUUCUAAAAACCUGUUUUUCCUUUGUGAUUAUGGGGUAUUGUGUGUAGAUUGCUGAGGAUUUUUAUUUAUUUAAUCCAUUUUAGAAUAAGGCUGUAAUGUAACAAAAUGUGGGAAAAAGUCAAGGGGUCUGAAUACUUUCCGAAGGCCCUGUACAUAGCGAACACAACAAAUACAACCGUUUUAUUAUGGACUCUCAUGACAUUAAGUUGGCAUAGGCUACACACUGUAUAAUGGUUUGUGUGUAAUGUGGUCCUCCCCCCCUGUAGGAGGCAGCGGUGUCAGCCCUGGCAGCACUGUGUGAGCAGUACUACCAGCCGCAGCCAGGCAUGGCUGACCCCCAGAUGCAGGGUGGGUAGCAUGGGGGGUCUCUGUACCAUUUAGAAGGCUUCAUAAAAAUGAGCCAUACCUUACACAGCAUUCUGGAUUCCUCUAACUCCUGUGAUCUAAUCGGUGUGUCCGUCUGUGUGUGUGUGUGUCCGUCUGUGUGUGUGUGUGUGUUCUCUGUGUGUAGAGGUCCUGGUGUCCCAGUAUAUAGCAGGGUUAAAGAGUACGCAGGUAUUGACCCGGUGUGGCAGUGCACUGGCCCUGGGUUCUCUACCAAGGUUCAUGAUCCAUGGAAAACUACACCAGGUACUAUACAUCUGUUAGAGUUAAUAACACUACACCAGGUACUAUACAUCUGUUAGUUAAUAACACUACACCAGGUACUAUACAUCUGUUAGUUAAUAACACUACACCAGGUACUAUACAUCUGUUAGUUAAUAACACUACACCAGGUACUAUACAUCUGUUAGUUAAUAACACUACACCAGGUACUAUACAUCUGUUAGUUAAUAACACUAAACCAGGUACUAUACAUCUGAGUAAUAACACUACACCAGGUACUAUACAUCUGUUAGUUAAUAACACUACACCAGGUACUAUACAUCUGUUAUUGUAAUAACACUACAACCAGGUACUAUACAUCUGUUAGUUAAUAACACUACACCAGGUACUAUACAUCUGUUAGUUAAUACACACAACACCAGGUACUAUACAUCUGUUAGUUAAUAACACUACACCAGGUACUAUAAUCUGUUAGUUAAUAACACUACACCAAGGUACUAUACAUCUGUUAGUUAAUAACACUACACCAGGUACUAACAUCUGUUAGUUAAAAAACACUACAAACCCGGUACUUACAUCUGUUAGUAAUAACACUACACAGGUACUAUACAUCUGUUGUUAAUACACUACACCAGGUAUAUAAAAUUGUUUGUUAAAUAACAACCACCCAGGUACUAUACAUCUGUUAGUUAAUUAAAAACUACAAACAGGAACAAUCCCAAAAGCCUGAUUCAGUAUUAUACUGAUAGGAUAUGUGCAUGUUGGGGUGAGCAGCCUCUUUUCACUAUGAACCCUAUUCUAUAUUUUAGUUGCAUUCUAAACAGUGCCUCAGGUCAGUUUUCAGCACCACAUUAAAGUCAGAUACUUGAUACCUGUGUGUGUGCUGGGGGUGGUGUGUGAUCUGUGGGGGCUUCGAGUGCUGUAGGUGAGGGGGGGUUGCUUUCACGUGAGGGGGCGGGGGGGGGUGCCGGUUUGGGGCCGUGGGUGCUGUUGGGUUUUCCUCCUCAUUCAACCUUCCUGCUCACUCCACUCUCCACCGGCGUGACGCCCCCCCCCUCCCCCCCCCCGACCCCCCAGGGCGCCGCCAACCCCAGGGCCCGGGCCACCGCGACCCGCCACCGGCCUCGCCACCCGCCCCACCUCGAGACCCCCACCCGCUGCCACCGCCACCGAGACCGCCCCACCCUUCCCACCCCACCGCUAUAAUCCUCCCCCCUCGCUCCACUCCCCACCGAUCUCUCCACUCCCCCCACCCUAACUCUCCACUCCCCACCUUGUACUCCUCCACCCUCCUCCCCACUCCUCCACCCGUACUCCACUUUCCUCCACCUCUGGGACUCCUCCCCUCCCCGCCCCUCCCCACCCCCCCCACCCCACCCAAACUCCCCCCCUCCCUCCAGCCCUCCACCCUCCUCUCCACUCCGCACCUAUAACCCAAACCUUUUCCUCUUCACUCCCCCAUCUCGUACUCCUCCACCUCUUCUCCCACUCCUCCACCUCCCCCACCCUCUCAACUUCCCAUCUCACCCUUACCCCCACCCUUCCUCCUCACUCCCCACCUCACUCCCCCCCCCCUCUACUCUCCCACCUCUCCUCCUUCACUCGCCCAAACCUUUACUCCACCUUUUCUCUCCACUCCUCCUCUUCCCUCCACCCCCUCUCUCCACUCUCCCUUCCUCUCCACUCCGGAUCUUACCACCUGUUCCUCUCCUUCCAUCUAUUCUCCACCUAUCCUCUCCAAUCCUGUAAACCCCCCAACUCCCCCCUCUUUUCCUUUUCAUUUUCUUCUUACUCCUCAUUCUGUUCUCCAUUUCCUCUUAUCUCACCUUUAUACUCCUCCCCUUUUUCCUUUUUCCUCUUUCUCCCUCUUCUCCUUUUCCUUUCUUUUCCUCUCUACUCUGUUCACUCUUUUCUCUUACUCCUUUCUCUUCUCUUUCCACCUUUUACUCCACCUUCUUUCCUUCUCAUUCUGUUACUCCUCCCUCUUUUCUCUUCUUUCACUUCACGUCCCCUCUAUUUUCCUCAUUUAUCCUUUUCCGUUUCUCCACUCCACCUUUCCUUACUAUCCUGCGUACCACUUCAACCUCUACUCCCUUUUUGUACCCCAACUUACCUUACUCUAUUUACUCACUCCCGAUACUUCUCUUCCACCUCUCUCUUCUUCUCUCUAUCCCUUCUACUAAAAUCAUCUUUUUGCUCUUAGUUUACAAUGCAUUCUUUUCACUCUCCGUUAUCUAUCUUGUUGUUAACUGUUUUCUAGGGUUCCUCCUUAUUCACUCCCUGGUUGUUUGGGAAUGUGGGUCUAGGUGGUAAAAUACAGAGGGGUUCUUUUCCGGACCUGUUAUGUGUUUUUUUUUUUUUUUUUUUUUUUACCCCCCCCCCCCCCCUCGGGGGGGGGGGGGGGGGGGGACUCCCCCCCCUUACCGGCUUUUAACUCCCUUUUAGCCCUUUUUUAUGGUGAAAGUUUGCACCCCCCCUGCCCCUAGUUCCCACAUUCCCCCUUGUUUUUUUUUUUUUUUUUUGCUAUUUUCCGUAACCCCUAAAAACCAAAAAACCCAAAAAAAUUUAAACAGGGCAGACAGGGCACACACCAUAAAUUUUGAAAACCCUUUAUUGUGGGAUUUACAUUGUACAGUGCCUUCGAAAAGUAUUCAGAACCCCCUUUACAUUUUCCAAAUUUUUUAAGUUAAAAAGCCUUUUUCUAAAAAUUUUUAAAUUGUUUUUUCCCCCUCAUCAAACUACACACAAUAACCCCCCAAAGACAAAACAAAAAAUUUUAAAAAAAUGGUUUUUUUAAAAAUUUGCAAAAAACAGAAAAAUCACAUUUAAAGUAAGUAUUCAGACCCUUUUUUCCAAUACUUUGUUGAACCUUUGGGGGCAAUUGCAGGGCCUAUUUUUUAGGGGAUGACGUACAAAGCUUGGCCAAACCCGUAUUUUGGGAGUUUCUCCCCUUCUUUUUUUUGGAAACCUCCAAACUCUGUCCCGGUUGGGUGGGGGGCAUCGCUGCACAGUUAUUUUUCAGUCUCUCCAAGAGUUUAAAAGGGGUUUAAGGGCCCCGGGCUCUGGCUGGGCCACUCAAAGGCCCUUCCGAGCUUGUCCCCACGCCACUCCUGUGUUGGGCUUGGGCGUUUUGCUUAGGGUCGUUGUCCGUUGGAAGGGGGAACCUUCCGGGCCCUUUUCUGAGGUCCUUUAGCGUCUGGAGCAGGGUUUUUAUAAGGGCUCCCCUGUACUUUCUCCGUUUAUCUGUCCCCAAACCAUGCCUAGUCUCCCCCCGAUCCUUCCCCCCCUGAAAACUUUCCCCACCAGGGAUGGUGCCUGCCACCACCCCAUGCUUCACUUUGGGGGUUUUUUUCCCCGGUUUCCCCCCCAGACGGAAAGCUUGGGGAAAUUUAGGCCAAAGAGUUUCGUUCCCCUUUCAUCAGCCAGAGAAUCUUUUUUUCUCAUGGUCUGAGAGGGCUUUUAAAGGGGCCUUUGGGGAAAAAUCCCUGCGGGGUCAUGUGCCUUUUUCUGAGGAGUGGGUUUUCCCUUUUGGCCCCCCUACCAUAAAGGCCUGGUUGGUGGGUGCUGGGAGAGAGGUUUCCUUCUGGAAAAGGGUUUUCCCCUCUUCCCCAGAGGAGUCUGGAGGGUUUUCAGGUGACCCUCUUUUUUUGGUCCCCCUCCCUGACGAAAAAACCCCCCCCCUCCCCCCCUUGUCGGUAUUUUGGGGCCCGGGGGGCCAGCUCUAGGAAGAGUCGGGGGUUCCAAAAAUUUUCCAUUUAAGAAUGAUGGAGGGCCCCGUGUUUUUGGGGGCCCCUUUAAUUCUGGCAGAAAUUAAAUUUUUGGGCCCUUUUACCAAUUGUGCCUCAACACAACCGUCUCGGAAAUCGCGACCAAAUUCCCUUUACCUCAUGGCUUUUGGGUUUUUUCUCUGUGUGCCCCUGUCAAAAAUGCGGGACCUUUAAAAGACAGGUGUGUGCCUUUCCCAAAAACCAUGUCCAAACAAUUUUAAAAUUUUUCACAGGGGACUCCAAUUCCCCAAAUUGUGAAACAUCUCAAGGAGAUCGAUGGAAAAAAGGGGUGCCCCCUUAGUCCCAAAUUUUGAGUUUUCCCUAGGCAAAAUUUGGGCGAAAAAAUUAUGUAAAUAUUUUUUUUCUGUUUUUUUUGGUUUUUAAACAAUUUGGGAAAAAUUCUUAAAAACCCGGUUUUUUUUUCCCUUUUUGGGUUUGGGGUAAAUUUUGUGAGAUUGCUGAGGAUUUUUUUUUAUUUAAACCAUUUUGAAUAAGGCUGUAAAGGGAAAAAAAUGUGGGAAAAAGUAAAGGGGGCCCGAAACUUUCCCAAGGCCCUGGGAAAUAGAACACAACAAAAACAACCGUUUUAUUAUGGACUCUCCCUUACAUUAAGUUUUUGGCAUAAAAGGGUCACACUGUAAAAAAUGGUUUGGGGGUAAAAGUUUGGGCCCCCCCCCCUUAGGAGGGCAAACGGGGUUUUUCAGCCCUGGAAACAUUGGGGGGGGCAUACUACCAGCCGCAGCCCCGGAGGCUGAAACCCCCCGUGAAAGGGGGGGUGGGCAUGGGGGGGCCCCUGUCCAUUUUUGAAGGCUUUAUAAAAAAGGGGGAUAAACCCUUUCAAAGGGAUUCUGGAUUCCUCUAACUCCUGUGAUUCUAAUCGGUGUGGGGUGUGUGUGUGUGUGUCCCUUCUGUGUGUGGUUUUGUGGGCCCCUUUGUGUAGGGGGUCCCUUUGGGGGCCCAGUAUAAAAGAAAGGGUUUAAAAAAAUACGGGAGGGAUUGACCCGGUGUGGCAGUGCAAUGGCCCGGGGGUUUUCUACCAAGGGUUUUAGAUCCCGGAAAAAAAUACCCCAGGGACUAUUUCAUUGUUUGGGUUUUAAAACCUACACCAGGUACAUACAUCUGGGUUUAGUUAAUAAAAAAUACAACCCCGGGGGAAAUAUAAAUCUUUUUGUUAAUAACCUACACCCCCCACUUACAAACUUUUUGUUUUAAAAAACUACACAAGGGACUAUUAAAAUCUGUUAGUUAAAAACAAUACACCAGGUUUCUAUACAUUGUUAGUUAAUAACACACACCAGGUAAUAUACAUCUGUUAGAGUUAAUAACCUACACCGGUACAUACAUCUGUAGUUUUUAAAAACAAUACCCCAGGUUUCUAACAUCUGUUUUAAAACACUACAAAAACCAAAGGUUUCUAUACUCUGUUAGUUAAUAACACACCCCGGUACAUACAAACUUUUUAAUAAUAACACUCCACCGGUACUAUAAUUGUUAGUUAAUAACACACCCCCAUGGGACUAUACUCUGUUAGUUAAAAACCUUUCCCGGGGGCUAACAUUGUUAGUUUUAAAAAACACUACAAACCCGGUACUAUAAACUGUUAGUUAAUAACCCCUACCCCAGGGGACUAUACAUCUGUUUUUUUUUAAAAAAACUACCACCAGGUACUAUACAUUGUUUGUUUUAAAAAAACCCACCCAGGUACUAUACAUCUGUUUUGUUUAAAAAACACUACACCCGGGAAAACAUCCAAAAGCCUGAUUCAGAUUAUAAUGAUAGAUUUUUCUGCAGUUGGGGGAGCAAACCUCUUUUUUACUAGAAAAUAUUCUUUUUAUGUUUUCAUUUUUACAGUGCUCAGGUUUAGUUUCAGCACCACAUUUUAUGUCAGACUACCUUUUAUACCUGGUGUGUGCAUGUGUGUGUCAACCCGUCAGGUCCCUUUAGCCGAGCUGUAGGGCAAGGGAGGAUGCUUCACGGGGGGCCGGGGAGUUCUGCCAAGGCCAUGGCACAGUGAGGCCGUCCCUCCUCCCUCUCAUUCCCCCCCCCUCCUCCCACUCCACUCCUCCCCCCGGGGGCCCCCACCCCCUUCCCCCACGCCCCACCUCCACCCCCAACCCCCACCCCCACCCGGGGGUCCCCCAACCCCCCCCCCCCCACCCCCGAACCCCCACCCUUCCCCCCCCCACCCAAAAAAACCCCCACCCUUUCCCAACCCCCCCCUCUAUUUCUCCUCCACCCCUCCCUCCACUCCCCACCCUUUUUUCUCCACUUUCCCCCACCCUUUGGGUCCCCCCAAUCCCCCACCUUUACCCCCUUCCACCCUCCCCCUCCCACUCCUCCCCCCUUUCCCCCACUCCUUUCCCCCCCUUUUUGUAAAUUUCCCCCACCUCUCCCCCCACUCCCCAAACCCCCCCCCACCCCCACCCCCAAACCCCCACCCUUUUUCCCCCACCCCCCACCUCUCCCCUCCCCCCCCGCCACCUUAACUCCACCUUUUCCCCUUCCUCCUCCUCGCGACUCCUCCACCUCUUCUCUCCACUCCUCCACCCCCCCCACCCGCCAACCCCCCCCUCCCCCCACCCUUUCCCCCCACCCCUCGGCACCCCCACCCGGGGAAAAUCCCCCCCCCUCUACUUCCAAAUUCCUCUCCCCUGCCAAAAUUUUAUUUCUAAAACCUUUUUUCUCCACUCCUUUCCCCUUUUUUUUCCCUUCCCCCUCUCCCCUCCACUCCUCCCCCUUCCCCCCCCCAAAAACCCCCAAAUCUAUUUUCCACCUUUUCCCCUUCCCCUCCCCCAUUUUGGGAAUUUUCCCCCCCAUUCCUCUCCCCUCCUUAAACCCCUUCCCCUCCCCCAAAAACCCCUUUUUCUCCUCCACCUUUCCUCUUAAAAAACCCCACAUUUUGAAUCCCCCACCUUUCCCCUUCCCUCCUCCCCCCUUUUAUUUUCCCCUCCACCUUUCCUCUCCACUCCUCCACCUCUUAUCCUCCACCCUUUUCCCCUUCACUCCUCCCUCUGUACCCCCCUCCACCUCAACUCCUCCCCCUCUUUCCCCUCCCCACCCCCCCCCUUUCCCCCUCUAUACCCACCCAUUUCCUUUCACUCCUCCAUCUCUGUUUCUCCCCCCCACCUCUUUUCUCCCCUCCCUUUUACCCCCCUUUCCCCGCCUCCCCCCCUCCACUCCCCCCCCCCUCCCCUCUCCGUUUUUCCACUCCAAACCCCUUCCCUCCUGACUUCCCGGCCCCCAAAAUUCCAAAUAUAACCCUUAAAUUAAAAUGUUUAAAACCCCCCAAAAAAAACCCUUUAAAACCUUUUUUUCCCCCAAAUAAAAAAUUCUUUCUCCAACCCCCCCUCCCCUUUCUCCUUCUUACCCUUUUUUCCCCCCCUUUUUAUUUUUGGAAACUUCCCAAAAUUUUUUUAAACCAAAAGGCAUAUCUUGUUCCCUCUUUCCCGUUCCCAUUAUUUGGUUUUUUCCCCGUUUUUUUUUCCCCCCUUUUAAAACCCCCUUUUUCCUUUGGGGGUUGGGUUUUUGGUUUAUUGUUUUUUUUGAUUGGGCUUUGGGGGGGUAAAAAGGGGGGCCGGGAGGAUUGGGUUGGGGGAAAGGGAAAACCCAUUUUUUACCUUAGGGUUUGUAUCCAAAGGGGCCCUUGGUCUCUCCCUUUUUCUUUUGUGUCUCGUUGUUUUUUGUCCUUUUGUCUCGGGGUUUUUCUUUUUUGGGGGCUCUGUUUCGGUGGGUUUUUUGUCCUUUGUUUUGUUCUUUGUCUCUUUGUUCUUUGGGGCUCUUUGUCUCUGUUUUGGGUUUUGUGUCUCUUUUUUUUCUUUGUUUCUUUGUCUCUUUGUCUCUGUUGGUCUCUUUGUCUCUUUGUCUCUUGUUUUCGUGUUUUCUCUUGUCUCUGGGUUUUUCUCUUGGGUUCCCUUUUUCUCUUGUCCCUGUUCUCCUGUGGGCCCCUGUGGCUCUUCCCCCGUUGGGGCUUCCUGUGUCUCUUUUUGUGUUUUGUGUCUCUUUUCCCGGGGUUUUCUGUGUCUUUUUCUGUAUCUUUUUUCUUUCACCUUUUUUUCCCCCCCUUAACUCGGGGGGGUUGUUUUUGGGAAUUUUUUCCCUUCCCCUCAAACCAAUGUUCUUUUUUUCUUUUAUGAACUCAAACUUUUCUCCCUCCCCUCUCCCCCCCUUUUCUCCUCUCUCCCCUCUCUUUUCUCCCCCUCCUCUCCCCUUUCUUAUCCCUCCCUCUUCUCCUCUCCUUCCCCUUUUCCCCCUUUCCCAUUCCCUUCCUCUUCUCCUCCCCCCUCCCCUCUUCCCCCUUUUUCCCUUCUUUUCCUUCCCCUUCUCUUUUUUUUCCUCCUUCUCUUUUCUUCCCCUUUCCUUCCCUCCCCUUUUCUUUCCUUCCCUUCCCCUUUUUCCCUCCCCCCCUUCCUCCCCCCUCCUCCCCCCCACAACUGGGUCCCUUUUUGGGGCCCCCCCGGCCAAGCCCAGUUAGUUUACCUUGGGGGAAAGGAAUUUUCACCCGGUUAAAAGAAUUCGUGCGGACAAGGGCUUUCUCCCCUUUUUUCCUUUUGUUUGGGUUUUGAUUUAACUAAAUUUUUUAUUUUAAUAUUUUCCCCAAUUUGGAAUUCCCCCCAAAAAUUUUUUAUUUAUUAAAAUUAAUAAUUAUAUAUAAUUUUUUUUUUUUGUUUGUUUAUUUUUUUUUUUUUUUCCCCUUUUUUUUUUUUUUUUUUUUAAAAAACAACCGUUUCCCCUCCCUUUCCCCUCCCCCUCUUCUUAAAAAAAUUUUUUUUCCUGGUUUUUGUCUGGUUUUGUUUCAAUUUAUUUCGGGUUCCCUUUGCCAAAAGCUUUUUCCCCCUGCCCUGGGGGAAAUUUCCCCGGGGGGGAAAAGGUGGGGGGUAAGGGAUUGUUUCAAAUUUUUUUUGGAAUUGGGAAAAUUUUUUUUUUUUGUUUAAAUUUUAAAUUUUAAAAGGGGUUUAAAGUUUUUGCCCGGCCUUCAAAAGCUUUCUUCCUUCCCCAAACCCCAAAGUGGAAAAUACAGUGGCUUUCGAAAAUAUUCAACCCCCCUUGGGGAUUUUUCCCAUUUUGUUUUUCCCCCUUUCAACCUGGAAUUAAAAUGGGUUUUUUUUGGGGGGGUUUUUAUCUUUGUUUACACAAGCAUGCCUGCCACUUUGAAGAUGCAAAAUUAUUUUAUUGUGAAACAAACAAGAAAUAAGAAAAAAAAAAACAGAACUUGAGCGUUGCGUAACUAUUCUGACCCCCCCCAAAGUCUAGACUUUGGUAGAGCCACCUUUUGCAGCAAUUACAGCCUGCAAGUAUCUUGGGGUAUGUCUCUAUAAGCUUGGCACAUCUAGCCACUGGGAUUUUUUGCCCAUUCUUCAAAGCAAAACUGCUCCAGCUCCUUCAAGUUGGAUGGGUUCCGCUGGUGUACAGCAAUCUUUAAGUCAUACCACAGAUUCUCAAUUGGAUUGAGGUCUGGCUUUGACUAGGCCCAUUCCAAGACAUUUAAAUGUUUCCCCUUAAACCACUCGAGUGUUGCUUUAGCAGUAUGCUUAGGGUCAUUGUCCUGCUGGAAGGUGAACCCCCGUCCCAGUCUCAAAUCUCUGGAAGACUGAAACAGGUUUCCCUCAAGAAUUUCCCUGUAUUUAGCGCCAUCCAUCCAUUCCUUCAAUUCUGACCAGUUUCCCAGUCCCUGCCGAUGGAAAAACAUCCCCACAGCAGGAUGAUGCCACCACCAUGGGGAUGGUGUUCUCGGGGUGAUGAGAGGUGUUGGGUUUGCGCCAGACAUAGCGUUUUCCUUGAUGGCCAAAAAGCUAAAUUUUAGUCUCCUCUGACCAUAGUACCUUCUUCCAUAUAUUUGGGAAGUCUCCCACAUGCCUUUUGGCGAACACCAAACGUGUUUGCUUAUUUUUUUCUUUAAGCAAUGGCUUUUUUCUGGCCACUCUUCCGUAAAGCCCAGCUCUGUGGAGUGUACGGCUUAAAGUGGUCCUAUGGACAGAUACUCCAAUCUCCGCUGUGGAGCUUUGCAGCUCCUUCAGGGUUAUCUUUGGUCUCUUUGUUGCCUCUCUGAUUAAUGCCCUCCUUGCCUGGUCCGUGAGUUUUGGUGGGCGGCUUUCUCUUGGCAGGUUUGUUGUGGUGCCAUAUUCUUUCAAUUUUUUAAUAAUGGAUUUAAUGGUGCUCCGUGGGAUGUUCAAAGUUUCGGAUAUUUUUUUAUAACCCAACCCUGAUCUGUACUUCUCCAGAACUUUGUCCCUGACCUGUUUUGAGAGCUCCUUGGUCUUCAUGGUGCCGCUUGCUUGGUGGUGCCCCUUGCUUAGUGGUGUUGCAGACUCUGGGGCCUUUCAGAACAGGUGUAUAUAUACUGAGAACAUGUGACAGAUCUUGUGACACUUAGAUUGCACACAGGUGGACUUUAUUUAACUAAUUAUGUGACUUCUGAAGGUAAUUGGUUGCACCAGAUCUUAUUUAGGGGCUUCAUAGCAAAGGGGGUGAAUACAUAUGCACGCACCACUUUUCCAUUAUUUAUUAUUUUUAAUUUUUUCAUUUCACUUCACCAAUUUGGACUAUUUUGUGUAUAUCCAUUACAUGAAAUCCAAAUAAAAAUCAAUUUAAAUUACAGGUUGUAAUGCAACAAUAUAGGAAAAACGCCAAGGUGGAUGAAUACUUUUGCAAGGCACUGUAACUGUUAGUUUGAACUAGUUGCCUCAAGGGAAUGAUGAAUCUGAUCUAUGACCUUUACUCCCUGUUACAGCCUUAAUAUUACAUGAACUAAUCUGUCUGUCUGUCUGUCUGUCUGAUGAACUGGACCGCUUCUACGGCAUUCUCUCCACCUGUCUCCACCUGUGAACUGUCGCUUCGCACACACAGACACUGUGGCUCCUCUCUCAGGGCGUGACGUUAGAGUAGAUAUCUUCAUUACCACAUCACACAAACUAAAGCUGCCCUCGGGACAUGACCAAACUGAUUUGAAUAUUAGCUUUUAGGACCCUGGGGGCGGUGGCAUGACAAGUGGCAUUUCAGGUGUGUGUGUGUUUGAGGUAUUAAUCUCUCUUCUCCUCCUCUCCAGGGUGAGAGAGGCAGCCAUGACUAGUCUGCUGGUGGUCGGCACCGCUCCACAACUACUCUCCCAAGACCUGUGAGUAGAAUAACUUCCUCAAUCACGCUGUACCACUUUAAACUAACAACUUUAUAAAACCUUCAUAAGGCCUUCAUAGAUGCUUCACAAAUCAUUCAUAAGCGUGCUAUAUAGAAGGUAAGAAAGGUGUUAUGACAUUUAUGUUAUUUUAUAUAGUAGGAAUUAAAGAGUCUUAGCUGUAGCUCUUCAUUCAUUCCCUCCCUGACCACUUUUUUACAUUCUCAUCCGUUAAUUCCCUCUUCAUUCAUUCCCACUUCUUUUCCUCCUCUCAUCCCUCUCUCCUCCUCGUCUAUCUCAUCCUCCCCCGGGUCCGUAACCUACCCCUCUCCUCUCCUUCCCUACGAAUCUCUUCCUACUCAGCUCAUCCUCCAUCCCCCUACUCAUCACCUCCUCUCCCUCAUCCAUCUUCCUUCUCCAUCUUCCCUUCCUCUCAUCUUCUCCUCCGACCUCUCCUCUCCCCUCUCUCCUCUCCUCCUCUCUUCUCAUCCCUCUCUCCUCUCCUCUACUCAUCUCUCCUCUCCUCUCAUCUCUCCUCUCCUCCUCUCAUCUCAUCCCCCUCUCCAUCUCUCCUCUCCUCCUCUCAUCCCUCUCUUCUCCUCUCCUCCUCUCCUCCCUCUUUCCUCUCCUCCUCUCCUCUCCUCCUCAGGGUGAAUGGUAUGAUGUGUAGCUUGGCCCAGCAGUCAGCAGAGAAGAUACAUCGCUGCAGAGCCCAUGCUGGAUCAGUGUUCGUCAGGCUCCUCCAUAGUAACAACCCUGCAGUACCUCACAUCCCCCACCGGGAGGAGCUGCUCGCCAUCUUCCCUCCGUGAGUCUAAAUACAUUUACAUUUGAGUCAUUUAGCAGACGCUGUUAUCCAAAGUGACUUACAUCUUAAGCUAGCUAGGUGAGACAACCACAUGUCACAGUCAUAGUCAGCAAGCAAAUUAAACAGCUAUCAGCAGUCGGUGCUAAUAAGAAGUAACCACUAACUAACCCCUCAGGCUGUUAGAAGGGGAUCAGAGAACUCUACUCUUCGCUGUGUGAGUCUAAGGCCCUGUCCAGAAACAACCCCUAGCCUGAACUUCCCGUAGGGACUUCAGUGAUCUGAAAGAGUUGGAUAAGUCGUCUCCGAGCCGUUAAGAGUUUGUCCAACUGGACGCCAUGUUAGUGCCUUUGACCAUUCCAUGUAUCCAUUCAUGACAAGUGUGUUGGAUGUUAGUGCCUUUGACCAUUCCAUGUAUCCAUUCAUGACAAGCGUGUUGGAUAUGUGUUCUCCAUCUAUGGAUGGCUUAGGGUCAUCUCAUACAAGACAGUGGGCACAUUUCAAUGAAAUAAUUGAAUUUUAAUUCACUUAUUGAAUUGAAAAGCUGAAUUGACCCUAACCCUGUGUGUGUGUGUGUCUCUCUCUCUCUCUCUCUCAGUGAAAGGGCAGAGAGUCUGAACUGGAAUGCUCCGUCUCAGGCCUUCCCCCACAUCACCCAGCUGCUGAGACUGCCCCAAUACCAGUACCACACACUACUGGGGUUGACCGUGUCUGUAGGAGGACUGACUGAGUCUACGGUACGUGUCUGUAGCGCUGUGUCUGUAGCGCUGUGUCUGUAGCGCUGUGUCUGUAGCGCUGUGUCUGUAGCGCUGUGUCUGUAGCUCUGUGUCUGUAGCUCUGUGUCUGUAGCUCUGUGUCUGUAGCUAUGUGUCUGUAGCUAUGUGUCUGUAGCUAUGUGUCUGUAGCUAUGUGUCUGUAGCUAUGUGUCUGUAGCUAUGUGUCUGUUGCGCUGUGUCUGUAGCUAUGUGUCUGUAGCUAUGUGUCUGUAGCUCUGUGUCUGUAGCACUGUGUCUGUAGCGCUGUGUCUGUAGCUAUGUGUCUGUAGCUAUGUGUCUGUAGCAGUGGAGGCUCGUCAGAGGAGGAAGGGGAGGACCAACCUCAGUGAAUUUCAUAAAAAUAAAAAUAGUGAAACAUUAAAAAAGUUAUCCUUUUUAGAUAAACUAUACUAAAUCACCAAAUAAUUGAUUAAAACACACUAUUUUGCAAAGAAGGUCUACAGUAGCCUCAACAGCACUCUGUAGGGUAGCACCAUGGUGUAGCCGGAGGACAGCUAGCUUCCGUCCUCCUCUGGGUACAUUGACUUCAAUACAAAACCUAGGAGGCUCAUGGUCCUCACCCCCUUCCAUAUACUUACACAGUAAUUAUGACAACUUCCGGAGGACGUCCUCCAACCUAUCAGAGCUAUUGCAGCAUGAAACUGACGUGUUGUUCACCCAAUCAAAGGAUCAGAUAAUUAAUCUAGUACUGAAAGCAUAAGCUACAGCUAGCUAGCAUUACAGUGCAUAAAAUGUGGUGAGUAGUUGACUCAAAGAGAGAGAAAGACAAUAGUUGAACAGUUUUGAACAAAUUUAUUUAUUUAAAAAUGUAGGAGAACCAAGAGUGAGAGAGAAAGAGCUAUAUUUUGUAUUUUUUUCACUUUUACUUACUUAGCUAGCUAAUGCAGCUAGCUAGUUUAGCCUACUCAAAACACCCGGCUCAAACAGAGAGGGAUGCUAUGUUAGCUAGCUGGCUAUGGCUAUCCAACACUGGAACUCUCCCAUCAGGUAAUUUUUGUUUUUUUAAAUUUAUUGCCACCGUGGCCCGCCUUUGUAUCUUUGCAAACUGUAUGCAUGUUUGUGGGGGUUUUUAAAACGGGUUAGUUCUGUAGCUAUGUUGACCAUGAUUUGAAACGAUGUGUCUGGUGCGGUUAGCGUCUGUUUAAAGGUUUGGGUUUGGGAAAAUUUUUUUUUCGCCUGGUCACAGACAGUGAUUGUUUCAUUUAAAGUCCACAAGUGAAGGGGAGGAGAAGGGAGGGAGGUGAGAGGGGGAGAAAAGGGGAGGGGAGGAGGAGAGGGGGGGGGAGGGGAGAGGGGAAGGGAGAGGGGGAAAAGGGGGGGAGGGAAGGGGGAGGUGGGGGGGGUUUUUUUUUUUUGGGGGGGGGUUUUUGGGGGGGGGUCGGGGGGGGUGGGGGGGGGGGGGGUGGGGGGGGGGGGGUGGGGGGGGGGGGGGGGGUUGGGGGCGGGGGGGGGGGGGGGGGGGGGUUGGGGGGGGGGGGUUGGGGGGGGGGGCCGCGGGGCCCGGGGCGGGGCCCCCGGUCCGGGGCCCCCGCCCCGGGGGGGGCCGGGGGGGGGGCGGGCGGGGGGGGGCCGGGUGCGGGGGGGGCGCCCGGGGGGGGGGUCGGUUGGGGGGGGGGGGAGGGGGCGGGGCGGGUUUGGGGGGGGGGGGGGGGGGGGGGCCCGGGGGGGCGGGGGGGGGGGGGGGGGGGGGGGCCCCCCCCCCGGGUGCUUUUGGGGUUGGUUUUUUUGGUUUUUGGGGUUUUGGGGCCCUAGUAGCUGGACUUUCCAGUCAGUAAGCUUGGUUAUAAUUUAUUGCACGUGGUCGCGGUUAUGUUCUGAAGUUGCUUGAUUUGCGGUUUCUAAGAGUAGUUCUAGUACAGUGACCAUGAGUGGAAAGAUGAGUCUGUGGGGUUAGCGGCAGAUGAAGGUUGGUUGGAAAGUUUGUGACAGAGGAUGGUGUGCACUGAGUCCACAAGUGAAGGGGAGGAGGAGAGAGGUGAGGGAGGAGAGGAGGUGAGAGGAAGAGAGAGGUGAGAGGAGGAGAGAGUAAGGGGGAGGAGAGGAGGAGAGGUGAGGGGAGGAGGAGAGAGGUGAGAGAGGAGAGAGGGAGAGAGAGAGAGGAGAGGUAGGAGAGAGGUGAGAGAGGAGAGAGUGAGGUGAGAGGAGGGAGAAGGUGAGAGGAGGAGGAGCGUGAGAGAGGAGAGGUGAGUGAGGGGGAGGUGAGAGGGGAGAGGUGAGAGGUGGAGGAGGUGAGAGGGGUAGGGGUGAGAGGAGGUGAGAGGUUGAGAGGGUGGAGGAGGGAGGAGGUGAGAGGGGGGGUGAGAGGGUGAGAUGAGGGAGAGGUGGUGAGGAGGAGAGGUGAGCGGUCGGGAGAGGGAGAGGUGGAGGGGUGAGAGGGGAGGAGCGAGACGGUGAGGGCGGAGAGAGGUGAGAGGAGGAGGAGGAGGAGCGAGGAGGGGGGGAGGUGGAGAGGAGGGGAGAGGUGAGAGGAGGAGAGUGAGUAGGUAUAUGUGAGAAGGAAUUAUAUAAACAAGGAGCUGUUUCUAUGUGGCUGCUAUGAAAGAUAACUGUAUUUGCGUGUGAUCAGGGGUGUGUUCAUUGCGCCGAUUCUGUUUUAAAAUGUUUCGUAAACAGAGCGAAACGGGGAUAAACAUACCUGAAUUUGUCCAAUAGAAACUCUUGUUUCCAACUGUUGGACUAAUGAUUACACCCUAGAUCAGCUAGAUGCAGGCAAGAGUGUGCAAGGCGGUAUUGAAUGUGUCACUGUCUGCCACCUUGAUUACUCAAAAUUCUCUCGACCUGUGCACCUACAUUGUAAACUUUCAUUCAUAGGCUAGGUUGUAGCAACCUCAUGAUGGGUACAGGGAAAAUUGUAGUAUCAUGUAGUAGCCUAAACCUAUCUGGGUGAAUGGAACAUGAAUGACAGUCAUCCAAUAUGCUGUAAUAGAAAUAAGGCCAUGCUCAUAAAAAUAAUAAUAAUAAUCGUCCUCCCUCAUCUUAAACGGCACUGACCGCAACUGGUCUGUAGCUAUAAUAAUAAUAAAUAAUAAUAUGCCAUUUAGCAGACGCUUUUAUCCAAAGCGACUUACAGUCAUGCGUGCAUACAUUUUUGUGUAUGGGUGGUCCCGGGGAUCGAACCCACUACCUUUGCGUUACAAGCGCCGUGCUCUACCAGCUGAGCUACAGAGGACCACGUCUGUACUCUGUAUCUCACUGUCUGCCCCAGUACCACUACCACACACUACUAGACCUCACUGUCUGCCCCAGUACCACUACCACACACUACUAGACCUCACUGUCUGCCCCAGUACCACUACCACACACUACUAGACCUCACUGUCUGCCCCAGUACCACUACCACACACUACUAUACCUCACUGUCUGCCCCACUACCACUACCACAACACUACUAGACCUCACUGUCUGCCCCAGUACCACUACCAACACACUACUAGACCUCACUGUCUGCCCCAGUACCACUACCACACACUACUAGACCUCACUGUCUGCCCCAGUACCACUACCACACACUACUAGACCUCACUGUCUGCCCCACUACCACACACUACUAGACCUCACUGUCUGCCCCAGUACCACUACCACACACUACUAGACCUCACUGUCUGCCCCACUACCACACACUACUAUACCUCACUGUCUGCCCCACUACCACUACCACACACUACUAGACCUCACUGUCUGCCCCAGUACCACUACCACACACUACUAGACCUCACUGUCUGCCCCAGUACCACUACCACACACUACUAGACCUCACUGUCUGCCCCAGUACCACUACCACACACUACUAGACCUCACUGUCUGCCCCACUACCACACACUACUAGACCUCACUGUCUGCCCCAGUACCACUACCACACACUACUAGACCUCACUGUCCAAAGACUGCAUGUUUGUGAGUCAAAUGAAAGUCAUGUUGUCCCUGGAAAAGAACCUUUUGUGAAACGGUGGUUUGACAACUCCUCUCUCCAGUGUGUGUCUGUAGGCCAACAGAGGGGGCUAGAGCUCAUCAGACCCCUGAGGAUCCAGUACCUCUCCUCUGAUCUGUUUCUCAGGCACCAGGCAUCAGCUUGACGCUCCUCUGGCCCACAUCCACCUGGUUCCUGUAAACAAGAACCUAAAACCCAAAACAAAGAUGGGAGCUCAUCCAGAACAAAUGGAACUGUUUUUAGUGUUAUUGGCAGGGCUGGUGUAGUCUUUCUUUUCUUUAAGGAAACGUCCUUUCCCAUCUUAAGCCAUUCGUCUCUGCGUUGUGUGAUGAAUGAAGGUGGAAAGUGUGUGUGUGUGUGUGUGUGUGUGUGUGUGUGUGUGUAAUGAAUGAAUGAAUGAAAUAAAGGUUUUUUAUAAAGCGUGUCUGAUGCUUUGCUCUACUGAUACUCCACCACUCCUGGCCCGUUCCCAUCACUCUGCACGGUCAUGGCCCGUUCCCAUCACUCUGCACGGUCCUGGCCCGUUCCCAACACUCUGCACGGUCCUGGCCCGUUCCCAUCACUCUGCACGACAGUCCUGGCCCGUUCCCAUCACUCUGCAUGGUCCUGGCCCAGAUAGGGGCUCUCAAACUGGGGGUCCAACCUCCAACGGCUCCCAGACCCAGUACCCUGGUUCCUCUCCCCUCUCAGCCCCAGUACCCUGGUUCCUCUCCCCUCUCAGCCCCAGUACCCUGGUUCCUCUCCCCUCCCAGACCCAGUACCCUGGUUCCUCUCCCCUCCCAGACCCAGUACCCUGGUUCCUCUCCCCUCUCAGACCCAGUACCCUGGUUCCUCUCCCCUCUCAGACCCAGUACCCUGGUUCCUCUCCCCUCUCAGACCCAGUACCUGGUCCUCUCCCCUCCCAGACCCAGUACCCUGGUUCCUCUCCCCUCCCAGACCCAGUACCCUGGUUCCUCUCCCCUCUCAGCCCCAGUACCCUGGUUCCUCUCCCCUCUCAGACCCAGUACCCUGGUUCCUCUCCCCUCUCAGACCCAGUACCCUGGUUCCUCUCCCCUCUCAGACCCAGUACCCUGGUUCCUCUCCCCUCUCAGCCCCAGGCUGCAUCCCAAAUGGCACCCUAUUCCUUACAUAGUGUACUAUUGUUGUCCAGGGCCCAUAGAGGGUGGAAAGUAGUGCUUUAUAAAGUGAACAGGAUACCAUUUGGGACAUCCCUGGUCUCUCUCCCCCCCAGCCACAGUCAGCUAGUGAAAGCCAACCCCGCUGGUGUGACUAAUGCCCGUGGGGAUACACGCUCAACACUGACGAUGAUUUGUGGUGGUUAGGUUUAUUUUUAACCCAGCUCAGUUUGUGGAGGUAAUGUAGAACAAUGAGGUGAUGGUUUUAAUAGGUGUAGUGAGGGUGGUAAAGCUACAGUCAUCUGCCAACAAUGCCUGUAAACCUAUUCCCUGGGAGGUGAUCUGGCCUGGCCCCCCCCUCUCUCUCUCUCUCUCUCUCUCUCUCUCUCUCUCUCUCUCUCUCUCUCUCUCUCUCUCUCUCUCUCUCUCUCUCUCUCUCUCUCUCUGUCUCUCUGUCUCUCUGUCUCUGUCUCUGUCUCUAUCUCUAUCUCUCUGGACCUGUGGCUUGGUAGACUCUUGCUAUAAUCUGGAUGGACUGGUCUGGAGACACACACACACUUCUGAGGUAGCCAGAACUGUGAUCGUAGGCUGAGGUAGCCAGAACUGUGAUCCUAGGUUGAGGUAGCCAGAACUGUGAUCCUAGGCUGAGGUAGCCAGAACUGUGAUCCUAGGCUGAGGUAGCCAGAACUGUGAUCCUAGGUUGAGGUAGCCAGAACUGUGAUCCUAGGCUGAGGUAGCCAGAACUGUGAUCCUAGGCUGAUUUGGAAUUGGUUCUCACACACAGAGUCCAAAGUGAUGAAGCAUCCUGUUGGAUCCCUGGAAACUCUUUCUCACCCUCCUAGUCUUGUUUACUGCCGUUUCACAUUUUGUGUUGCUGUAUUAUACAUAAACGAUCUCUAGUGAGACUACCCUUCCUCUCUUCCUCCCUCCCCCUCUCCCACUGCUUAGUCCAACUCCCUUCUUCUCUCAUACCCCCUGAAAGACCAUGUCAUCACCACAGACCUUGUUGUAACUGCCGAUAUAGAAAAGAAAGACAGAAUUCCUCUCUUCUUCUGCUGUCUCCAGCGGGUCUUGAUGCUGUGUUGUAGCUGUGUGAACGAUGAGCAGCUUUCAUAGCCUUCACUGUCACUCAGUUUCAUGACGUCAUCACUAUGUGAGGGGAAGUGAUACCACGAAAUCAGAGCAUGUGUCCCUAUUCCCUCUGGACUCUGGCCAAAAGUAGUGCGCUACAGUGCCAUUUGGGACACAGAGCGAUGAGCUGUUUAGACUUAAUGUUGCUCAAUGUGGCUUCUCACACUGUCAAUCUAGACUUACGCAAUUUUAAACGGAGCGGUAAUAUAAUAUUUUAUUGUUUUAUUGUUAUGUGGUUCUCUCUCUCCCCCUGUCUCCCUCCCUCAAUCUCUUUCCCUCUCUACAUCUCCCCCCUCUCUCUCUCCCCCUGUCUCUCUCUCUCUCAUUUUCCCUCCCUCCCUCUCUACAUCCCUCUCCCCUCUCCCUCUCUCCUUAUCUCUCCGUCUCCAGGUUCGUUUCUCGUCCCAGUCUCUGUUUGAUCACCUGAUGUUGAUUCAGCAGGAUACAGCCGCUCUGGGACAGUUUAGUGACACACUGCUACGCGUCUUCAGAGACAACCUGAGAAAUGACAGGUAGGCGCACACACACACACACACACACACACACCCUUUGUACACAUGCACACACUCUUCGAUCUAUUUAUUUCUUACAGUCCACUUAUGCAAUACGUAGGAGAUUUAAAUUGAUAGUUUUUAAAAAACGAUGUAUUAUUUGUACACAUUAUUCUAUUUUGGGCCCGGUCUCCCUAGUGUCAAUCUCAAUGAAACUAACCUGGUAAAAUAAAGAUAAGCUAAAGGUAAUGUGUGUCUGUGUAGGGUGUCGGUCCCCUUCCUGAAGAUGCUGGACCAGAUGCUGGCUCGAGCCUGCUUUGACACCUUCACUACUGACCAGGAGUGAGUCUAGUAGUGUUCAUGUUAUACAAUGUUGCUUUAUUGAUGCCUGUUAGGUAGGACUCAAUACUACUUUAUUAUCUCACAGAAACAGCAGAAACAGGAUAUAUAUAGAAGAUGUAUAGUGUUGUAUAUCUAGAAUAAAUGAAGAAAUUUCAUAUAGUGUCUGAUUGAAUGAAUAGAAGCUAAGCUAAUCUGUUAUUUCCUCUGUCUGUCUCUCUCUCCCUUUCUCUGUCUCUCUCUCGCUCUCUCUCUCCUCUCUCUUUCUCUGUCUCUCUUUCUCUCUCUACUGUCUCUCUCUCUUUCUCUCUCUCUGUAGUCAUCAGUUCUGUGUGGACCUGUUGGCUCUCUGUAAGGAAGAGAUUAAAAAGUCCAAGGACACUCAGAAGCUACGCUCCGCUAUCGCUGUGUGAGUGGGGUAUAUUUUAACACACACAGGAACGUCAGUGACUCACUCACUCACUCACUCACUCACUCACUCACUCACUCACACACACACACACACACACACCACACACACACACACACACACACACACACACACACACACACACACAGAAUAAUAAUUAUUUAAUUACCCCAGUGAAUUAUUGUAAUGUUUGUUUAUGUGUCAAUUAAUCCCAUAAGGGAUGGGUUGCCAACUGGCGAUUUGACACCAAAAUAAAAUGUUCAUUCAUACAUUCACACACACGACAUUCAGAAGCUCUGCUCCUGUAUCACUGUGUGAGGAUCCUCUAACAUUACUGUAGCAAUCACUCAUACUCCAAAUGCAUCUGGACUGCAUCUCACUUGUAAUACAGUGUUAACGCAUUCACUCAUAACAGACAAACUGAUAUACACACUCUACCCCUUGAUCUCCCACCCUAACCCUCUCUCUCCCCUCCUGUAGGUUAUGUGGUCUGAUCCACUUCCAGGGAGAGGUCCGUAAGAAGGUUCUGUUCCAGCUGCUGCUUCUUCUCUGUCACCCCUUCCCUGGGGAUGUUAGCUGCUUCUCUCUCUCCUCUCUCUCCUAUCUUUCGUUUCUCUCUCUCCUCUCUCUCCUCUCCAUCUCCUCCUCUCUCUCCUCUCUCUAUCUCUAUCAUCUCUUCUCUCUCUUCUCUCUCUCUCUCUCUCUCUCUCUCUUUCUUUCUCUCUAUCUCUCUUCUCUCCCCUCUCUCUCUCCUCUCUCUCUCUCUCUCUCUCCUUCUUCUCUCUCUCUCUCCUCUCCUCUCACAGCCAACCAGGUGUAACAUGCUCUCUCUCUCUACAGAUCAGGAAGACCACAGCCAGCCAAGUGUACGAGAUGCUGCUGACCUACGAUGAUGUCAUCGACCCUGACGUGAUGGAUGACGUCAUGACCUCGCUGAGUGACACCAACUGGUCAGUGGAAUCAAGACAGGAACUGGCGUAGACCAUUACUGCGUUCCGAUUCUCCACCCUUCUCCCGGUGUUUCAUUUGCACACUCCCAGUCAUGAAGUUAACAGUGCAGGGUUUUAAAGGCAGACCUUGUAACAGUUAUUUGUGUGCAGGGUUUUAAGGACAGACCUUGAUACAGGUCUUUGGGUGCAGGGUUUUAAGGGCAGACCUUGAUACAGGUCUUUGGGUGCAGGGUUUUAAGGGCAGACCUUGUAACAGGUCUUUGGGUGCAGGGUUUUAAGGGCAGACCUUGUAACAGGUAUUUGGGUGCAGGGUUUUAAGGACAGACCUUGUAACAGGUCUUUGGGUGCAGGGUUUUAAAGGCAGACCUUGAUACAGGUCUUUGGGUGCAGGGUUUUAAAGGCAGACCUUGUAACAGGUCUUUGGGUGCAGGGUUUUAAGGGCAGACCUUGUAACAGGUAUUUGGGUGCAGGGUUUUAAGGACAGACCUUGUAACAGGUAUUUGGGUGCAGGGUUUUAAGGGCAGACCUCUGUUACAGGUCUUUGGGUGCAGGGUUGUAAGGGCAGACCUCUGUAACAGGUCUUUGGGUGCAGGGUUUUAAGGGCAGACCUUGUAACAGGUCUUUGGGUGCGGGGUUUUAAGGACAUGAACUAGUAAAGGAAAACCCCUUACUUACUGGAAAUGGUUUUAACAAGAAAUGAGCGAUGGACUAUUUUGUCUCCUGCUGCUAAUUUAUUAAACUGCUAAAGACAAUUUCUAGAGAAUGAGGCUUUUCCCUUUUCUACUACAGUGAGUGAAAAAAGUAUUGAACAGUGAGAGACAGGAUAACAACAAAAAAAUCCAGAAAAAUGCAUGUCAAAAAUGUUAUAAAUUGAUUUGCAUUUUAAUGAGGGAAAUAAGUAUUUGACCCCUCUGCAAAACAUGACUUAGUACUUGGUGGCAAAACCCUUGUUGGCAAUCACAGAGGUCAGACAUUUCUUGUAGUUGGCCACCAGGUUUGCACACGUCUCAGGAGGGAUUUUGUCCCACUCCUCUUUGCAGAUCUUCUCCAAGUCAUUAAGGUUUCGAGGCUGACGUUUGGCAACUCGAACCUUCAGCUCCCUCCACAGAUUUUCUAUGGGAUUAAGGUCUGGAGACUGGCUAGGCCACUCCAGGACCUUAAUGUGCUUCUUCUUGAGCCACUCCUUUGUUGCCUUGGCCGUGUGUUUUGGGUCAUUGUCAUGCUGGAAUACCCAUCCACGACCCAUUUUCAAUGCCUUGGCUGAGGGAAGGAGGUUCUUACCCAAGGUUUGACGGUACAUGGCCCCGUCCAUCGUCCCUUUGAUGCAGUGAAGUUGUCCUGUCCCCUUAGCAGAAAAACACCCCCAAAGCAUAAUGUUUCCACCUCCAUGUUUGACGGUGGGUAUGGUGUUCUUGGGGUCAUAGGCAGCAUUCCUCCUCCUCCAAACACAGCGAGUUGAGUUGAUGGCAAAGAGCUCGAUUUUGGUCUCAUCUGACCACAACACUUUCACCCAGUUCUCCUCUGAAUCAUUCAGAUGUUCAUUGGCACACUUCAGACGGGCCUGUAUAUGUGCUUUCUUGAGCAGGGGGACCUUGCGGGCGCUGCAGGAUUUCAGUCCUUCACGGCGUAGUGUGUUACCAAUUGUUUUCUUGGUGAGUAUGGACCCAGCUGCCUUGAGAUCAUUGACAAGAUCCUCCCGUGUAGUUCUGGGCUGAUUCCUCACCGUUCUCAUGAUCAUUGCAACUCCACGAGGUGAGAUCUUGCAUGGAGCCCCAGGCCGAGGGAGAUUGACAGUUCUUUUGUGUUUCUUCCAUUUGCGAAUAAUCGCACCAACUGUUGUCACCUUCUCACCAAGCUGCUUGGCGAUGGUCUUGUAGCCCAUUCCUGCCUUGUGUAGGUCUACAAUCUUGUACCUGACAUCCUUUGAGAGCUCUUUGGUCUUGGCCAUGGUGGAGAGUUUGGAAUCUGAUUGAUUGAUUGCUUCUGUGGACAGGUGUCUUUUAUACAGGUAACAAACUGAGAUUAGGAGCACUCCCUUUAAGAGUGUGCUCCUAAUCUCAGCUCGUUAACUGUAUAAAAGACACCUGGGAGCCAGAAAUCUUUCUGAUUGAGAGGGGGUCAAAUACUUAUUUCCCUCAUUAAAAUGCAAAUCAAUUUAUAACAUUUUUGACAUGCAUUUUUCUGGAUUUUUUUGUUGUUAUUCUGUCUCUCACUGUUCAAAUAAACCUACCAUUAAAAUUAUAGACUGAUCAUGUCUUUGUCAGUGGGCAAACGUACAAAAUCAGCAGGGGAUCAAAUACUUUUUUCCCUCACUGUAACUGGUCAUUUGUCACACUGUGUUUUCUAUAGUAGUCAUUGCACUGUAGGGUUAGUCCUACUGUAGGGUCAGUCUUCCUGUAGGGUCAGUCUUCCUGUAGGGUCAGUCUUCCUGUAGGGUCAGUCUUCCUGUAGGGUUAGUCUUCCUGUAGGUUCAGUCUUCCUGUAGGGUUAGUCCUACUGUAGGGUUAGUCUUCCUGUAGGGUCAGUCUUCCUGUAGGGUUAGUCUUCCUGUAGGGUUAGUCUUCCUGUAGGGUUAGUCUUCCUGUAGGGUCAGUCUUCCUGUAGGGUCAGUCUUCCUGUAGGGUUAGUCUUACUGUAGGGUUAGUCUUCCUGUAGGGUCAGUCUUCCUGUAGGGUCAGUCUUCCUGUAGGGUCAGUCUUCCUGUAGGGUUAGUCUUCCUGUAGGGUCAGUCUUCCUGUAGGGUCAGUCUUCCUGUAGGGUCAGUCUUCCUGUAGGGUCAGUCUUACUGUAGGGCAGGGUUCUUCAAUUCCGGUCCUGGAGGGCCGAAACACUUCUGUUUUUUAUUUCUACCUGGUAGUUAAUUGCACUCACCUGGUGUCCCAGGUCUGAAUUAGCCCCUGAUUAGAAGGAGAGGAUGAAAAACAGAGGUGUUUCGGCCCGCCAGGACCGGAAUUGAAGAACCCUGCUGUAGGGUUAGUCUUCCUGUAGGGUUAGUCUUCCUGUAGGGUUAGUCUUCCUGUAGGGUUAGUCUUACUGAAGGUUAGUCUUACUGUAGGGUUAGUCUUCCUGUAGGGUUAGUCUUCCUGUAGGGUUAGUCUUCCUGUAGGGUUAGUCUUACUGUAGGGUUAGUCUUACUGUAGGGUUAGUCUUCCUGUAGGGUUAGUCUUACUGAAGGUUAGUCUUCCUGUAGGGUUAGUCUUACUGUAGGGUUAGUCUUCCUGUAGGGUUAGUCUUCCUGUAGGGUUAGUCUUCCUCUAGGGUUAGUCUUCCUGAAGGUUAGUUUUCCUGUAGGGUUAGUCUUCCUGUAGGGUUAGUCUUCCUGUAGGGUUAGUCUUCCUGUAGGGUUAGUCUUCCUGAAGGUUAGUCUUCCUGUAGGGUUAGUCUUACUGAAGGUUAGUCUUCCUGUAGGGUUAGUCUUCCUGUAGGGUUAGUCUUCCUGUAGGGUUAGUCUUCCUGUAGGGUUAGUCUUCCUGUAGGGUUAGUCCAACUGUAGGGUUAGUCUUCCUGUAGGGUUAGUCCAACUGUAGGGUUAGUCUUCCUGUAGGGUUAGUCUUCCUGUAGGGUUAGUCCAACUGUAGGGUUAGUCUUCCUGUAGGGUUAGUCUUACUGAAGGUUAGUCUUCCUGUAGGGUUAGUCCAACUGUAGGGUUAGUCUUCCUGUAGGGUUAGUCUUACUGAAGGGUUAGUCUUCCUGUAGGGUUAGUCUUCCUGUAGGGUUAGUCUUCCUGUAGGGUUAGACCAACUGUAGGGUUAGUUUUACUGUAGUGUUAGUCUGGCGUCUUCACAUUAUGUUGUCCUCUCUGUGUCCUCUGGUUUUAGGGAGGAGAACAUUGCCACGGUGAGGACCCACAGAAACCAGCUCUGUGAUUGGCUAGGAGUACAGAAGCCCCUGCUCAUUUCCAAGGUAACCGUUUGA